CCUCUUCUGCCUCCCUUAAAUACUAUGGGGUCGGCUUAGCUGCAGCGGGCGCCGCUCCCGCUCAGACUGGCCGUGCAGCUGCUCCGAGCAGUCACAAGAUGCGGGCAGUCAUUGCCUUAAUCGCUAUGCUCAGCAGCCUGCUUCUCUUCGUGUGCCUCCUUUGGCUCACAGCAGACGGGUCCCUCAGCACCAGGGGCUGGGAGAAGGAGACCAAAUCAGCUACUGAUGUCACACCUAAAGGGCUGAGAAAACUCAGGUCCCCUUUAACAUCUGUCCAGCUUGCUACUCAAGUACUCUGAAGAUUAUUACCUUCAGAUAGUGACAAAAAUACAGAACUGCACAUGGAAAAGAAGACCAGAAGAAUAUACAAAAUUUAGGUUAGAACUAGCUUCCUGCUGUGAUGCUGUUCACAACUUUAUUGCUUCUCAAAACAAUACCCUGCUGGGAAGUAACAUGAGUUAUGAGGUGGACAAUAAAAAGACUAUCCUCAUCACAGAGGACAUUUUUAGGAUGCUGCCUGAGUCCCCACCCCUUUUGGGCUAUCCUUUUAAGCACUGUGCAGUGGUUGGAAAUGGGGGCGUUCUGAAAAAUUCCAGCUGUGGAGCUGAAAUCGAUAACUCUGACUUUGUAUUUAGGUGUAACCUUCCCCCAACCACAGGAAGUGUUAGCAAAGAUGUUGGCAAUAAAACAAGUCUCGUGACUGUUAAUCCAAGUAUCAUAGCACAGAAAUACAACAAGCUGAAUGAAAAGAAGGUGACUUUUCUGGAGAACAUUGCAAGUUAUGGAAAUGCUUUCCUUUUAUUGCCAGCAUUUUCCUUCAAAAGCAACACAGCUGCUUCUUUCAAAGUAUACCACACUCUACAAGAGUUCAGAGCAAAACAGAGGGCGAUAUUUUUUCAUCCCAGAUACCUGAAAAAUCUAGCCCAGUUCUGGAGAACUAAGGGUGUGAAAGCAUAUCGAUUGUCUUCUGGUUUUAUGAUUGCUAGUGCUGCUAUUGAACUGUGUGAGAAUGUGAAGUUGUAUGGCUUCUGGCCUUUCUCUAAAACCACAGAGGAGAUGCCAAUCAGUCACCAUUAUUAUGACAACCAACUGCCCAAGCCGGGUUUCCAUGCAAUGCCCAAAGAAUAUAACCAGAUUCUCCAACUUCAUGGGAAGGGCAUUCUGAAGCUGCAGUUUGGUAAAUGUGACUCAGACUAAAAAGGGUGGUGAUUCCAAAGGAGAAAAUUUGUGUAUAUCUCAGAAGUUUGGUAUUGGAUUUGAUAUGAUGUUGUUUUGUGAGAUUAAACUGCACUAUUAUAAUUUGGAAAUAUUUUACACUUAAGGAGAAAAGUGAAUGAUUUUUGACAUAGUGAUUGCUACAUUUUUGAACUUCUUGUAAUCAAAAUUGUUUAUGCAAACAAAAUUUAUCUGGAAAAUCUUUGGAACUCCUGACUAUUGGUUAAAUUUAAAGCACAAUCUCAAGAUGAUGCCACUGUGACACUUGUAAUGUUUUGCUUGUUAAAUUAUUAGAAUUUUAAAAUGUUUUGACAUUUUUGUUGUUUUCAUACAAGGGGGACGAAAGUGUAUUUAUUAGCUCCAUGGUAUGAUGUGUUAGAUUUGGCAAUGAACUUUUUCUACUGAAGGCCUUGAUCCUGCAAAUUCCUCCACUGAGUGGAGAAAUUAUUGCAGAAAAAAAUCAUUUUGAUUGUGGAAUAGAGUGCCCACUGGGGUUCUGGCUGCCGGACCCUUGCCAGCCGGGAUCCCGGCCGCAGGCCCGCUCAGCCCACUGCCGGCCUAGGUGAACAGAA